CGGCGGCGAGGAUUUUUAGUGCAGCUGUGCUACUUGGAUCGUACUCGUUUGGGUCUUUUUCCUAUAGUUCGCGACAAGUGUUCCGCGCUUCCUUGUUCGUUGUUAAAUAGCACACACUUCACACAUGCUGCACUACAGUGUGUUUUAGUUUACUUCAUUUGCAAAAAAAGAUGUGUCUCCAAUAAGAAAAUGGUUGCAACAAGCACAGCUAGCACCUCUCCGCCCGAGCAGCCGCAGCAAGGCGGGUCGGGAGCUGCUUCUGCACAUAAUCUGCCCACCGACCAUGCUGAUAGUACGCAACAAGCGCCGCAGGAGCCAGCAAUAUCCGGCAACCCGAGGCGGAAUUUCCGGCUGAAUUUGGAGAAGGUCGCAGAAGUUUUCAGCUUCGAGGGGGAGCUGGACUUGACCAAAACUACCGAGCUUCCGAGCUACGACGACCACAACUACCGAGUGUUUUUGAAGAAAAGUAGUCUCCACGAGGACAAGUCGUACGUUGUGAAAGCGCAAAACAGCAAAUAUGUGAGCGCCGACCACGUGCAACUGCAGGUGGAGGCAAUGCUGCAUCUGAAAGCAAAAGGUGUGCCCUGUCCGGUUCCGAUCCCUGUUCAGGUAGAAGCUCAUACCGCGCCUGAGGAUGGAGGUACUAGCACAGCAACAAAUCCGGAUUGUACUACGAGAGAAAUAACUGCAAUACCCUCCUAUCUUCACCACAUUGAGGAGGACAACUGUUUGGUGCACGUGAUCACUUUCAUCGACGAUUCUAAGCUCUUUCCGGAGAGGGAUGACGCUACUGCCGAGUACGUGCAGAAGCCGCGAGAAUUUUUCCAGCAUUUGGGCGAAAUAACCGCCGAAGUCCACGACGCCAUGGAGGAUUUUUGCGGGGGUGCAGAUGAACGACACCCGUGGCGUUUGAAAACCGCAACUUUCACCUGGGAGUGGUAUGCAUUGCAAAAGUAUCGCAUUCGUAGCGAUUGCAGUCAUGCACUACAAAGCUUUUCAUUAAGAUAAAUCCGCAUUGCAAGUUCUAUUUCUAACUGCUGAGGAAAUUUGUAAUGCGAUUUUUACGAGUGCGAUGCUUUUGCAUUUCAUAAGUGGUCGACGAGCACAAUUCCCGAGGUUGUGGCGGACAAAAUCGAGAAAUUUCUGGGAAAUGAUGAGCCUGAGAGGAAGAAACUGCAAAAACUCUUGGCCGAGCGAGUUGCGAACGUUUUGCCCUUAACGCCGGAGAAAGUGGAAAAGGAAUUGGGAAGAGCGAGUUCUUCGCUUUAUGACAAGCAGCAUAAUGGAGUUGUAGACCCCGACUGCGAGCAGGACAACACGCACGGGAGAACGAAAGAAGUACAGUUCCUCAGCCGCUUUUUUCGCAAGCAGUGGGUCCACACAGACUUGAACGACACGAACAUUUUGUUCCGCGCCAUCGAUUUGCACACGAAGUGCUUUGAGUACGGCGCGGUGCUAGAUUUCGGCGACAGCUGCUUCGACUACUGUCUCUACGACAUCGGGAUCACUGCGGCCUAUGCCUGCAUGUACCAAGAAACCCUAUCCAUUGCGGAAAUCAUCGCCAACAUUUGCUACGGGUACUUCCACCAGGGAACGACGCAGUUUCCCAAGGAGUGUCUGCAAUACGUGUACGCCGUGGCCGUCGGUCGGACGCUGUUGUCACUCACCUGUGCCUGCGAGCAGAUUUUCCUGCAGCCAGAUAACGAGUACGUGGCCCAUACCGCACAGCCUUUGAAAGACGUGGCUGGGAAACACUUGGCGGAGUUUGUAUGCAGUGGAAAAGGAUCGUAUUAGUACUAAUUGCAUUACAAAUUAGCUCAGUAUGAGAAAUAAAAUUUGUCAUGCGGAUUUGACUUGGGAAAAUAAUUUGUAAUGCAUGAAUGCGAUUAGUACGAGUGCGAUACUUUUGCACAGGAUAGUUUGAGUCUUUGGACGACGCAGUGGAGAAAAUUGCGAAGUGCCUGCUGCUAUGAAAUGCAAAUAUGUCUGGGUCUGGAAAAUUGGAACUUGUGAUGCUAAGUUUAGACUCUAAAAAAAUCUGUAUUGCAUGACAAGCAAGAUAAGUCUAGCUUAUGCGACGCGGGGAGGGCAUUUGUCAUGCGGAGUAGGCAUCAGGAAGCCCUCGAAAAAUCUGUGAUGCUAGGUCGUGCAUUACAGACAUCCUGGGUCAUGCAAAAUAUGCAUGACAAACCCGGCAACAUUCCAGACCCAGACAUUUUUACAUUUGAUAGCUGCUCCUCCACGCCGAUGCUGCGAGGGAAUGA